AUCAGGAAUAACAUAUUUUGUUCCCCAAAAAAAAAAAAACGAAAAGGAAGGAGAACCCUAAUUUCGCAGAGCCAAAUCCUUGAUUUCCCAGAAGAGAAAGUGUUAUCCUUCGAAGACCAAGUAAUGACAAAUAGCUCGUCGUCUAAAAAACACGGUCAAGAUCAGCCUGAAAUCACUGGACCCACCCCAAAAUCGCUGAGAACCAAGAUGGCCAAACCUGAAGAAAAGAAGAAGCUUAAAGAUAUCGAGAUAAGCGUUCCCAUUGUGUAUGGAAAUGUGGCAUUUUGGCUAGGCAAGAAGGCCAGCGAAUAUCAAUCUCACAAGUGGACUGUGUAUGUUCGUGGGGCAACAAAUGAGGAUCUUGGUGUGGUAAUGAAGAAAGUGGUUUUCCAGCUUCAUUCUAGUUUCAAUAACCCCACCAGAGUUGUUGAGGAACCGCCGUUUGAGUUGUCAGAGUCUGGUUGGGGAGAGUUCGAGAUUGCGAUCACUUUGUAUUUCCACACCGACGUCUGUGACAAGCCAUUGAGUUUAUACCAUCAUCUAAAGUUAUAUCCAGAGGAUGAAUCAGGUCCUUUGUCAACAAAGAAGCCUGUUGUCGUGGAGUCGUACGAUGAAAUCGUCUUUCCUGACCCUUCAGAAAGUUUUCUAGCUCGUGUUCAGAAUCACCCGGCAGUGACCUUUCCAAGAUUACCUGCUGGCUACAGCUUGCCCGCCCCUAUGCAAGUCGAAGACCCGGGAAAGAAGAAGAGAGGUGAUAUCAAAGACCAUAGUUUGGGACAGUGGUUCAUGAACUUCUCUGAAGCAGACGAACUGCUACAACUUGCGGCUGCUCGUCAGCAGGUUCAAGCUCAUAUUGCUAAGCUCAGGCGACAAAUAAGUCUGCUUGAGGGGCAGAAUCAGCCUCUGAAAACUGGCUCUGACCAGUGAGCCCUUUGUGACUAUGGGGAUUCGCAGCAGGAGAUGUAACUUGUGCCCUUUCCCCCUACACUUUCUGUAUCUUUUUAGUUUCUCUCUGAAAGCAUCUUUGUAGCAAAAACCUUCCUUCCAUUGUAAAAUGAUAUAUUCCCGUAAGCCCAAAAAUAGAAAUU